CACGUGUUCUUUCCCACGUUGUGACAUUGCUGUUUACUGUUUACUGUAACCUUUCAUCCCCGAGGUCAUGUCGGAACCCACUGAACAGAGAAACAAGCGAGACUUCGGCUCCUUCCAUGCCUCCAAUGUACAGGAGCUGAUCAACAUCCCCGAGGAAGACUACAGUCCGCCAGAGCUUCCCAUCAAGUCGCCAGCCUUCUUAUUCCAGCAGGACGAGUUACAGUUUGGCAAGGAAGCCAGAGAGAAGCACUUCCUCCUGGAGGGAAGCUGCACAUUCCUGAAUCAUGGCGCGUUCGGAGGAGUGUUGAAGGAGGCUUUAGAUGCAACCCAGCAAUGGCAGAGAUACACUGAGUCACAGCCAUUGAGGUUCUACGACAGGGAGUUGCUCCCCCAUCUUGUGUAUGUCACAAGAAGGCUUGCCAAGUUUGUGGACUGUGACCCAAGAGAUCUGGUGUUGAUGACAAAUGCUACGACUGGCAUCAACAGUGUCAUCAGGAGCUUCGACUUCAAGCCUGGUGACGUCAUCUUCAUGUUUUCCAACACCUAUGGAGCUGUGAAGAAGCUGAUGCGGCAAGUAUGUGUGGAUACAGGGGCCGUGGUGUCCGAGGUCAAGGUCAACUUCCCUCUCGAAGGACCCCAGCAGCUCAUAGACUUGGUAAAGGACAACUUAGAUGGGAGCAAGACAAAGUUGGCUAUAUUUGACCACAUCCCCAGCAACACGCCGUACAUCACCCCACUGUCAGACAUCAUACAGAUCUGUCACCAGAGAAAUGUUCCGGUGCUGGUAGAUGGCGCUCAUGCUCUGGGGUCCAUCCCUCUCAGUCUCCGGACCCUGCAGCCUGACUUCUACGUCUCCAAUGCCCACAAGUGGCUGUGUAGCCCCAAGGGGGCUGCAUUACUCUAUGUCGCCAAGCAGUUCCAGGAGUCUACUCGGCCCCUCGUCAUCUCACACGGAUUUGGAUCCGGCUUCAACUCAGAGUUCAUAUGGGCAGGGCUACAUGACUACAGCCCCUUCCUGUCUCUUCACACCCUGCUGGACUUCUGGCUGUCUGUAGGUGUGAACAGAAUACAGCACUACAUCCGUAGGCUGGUCACAGAUGCAGCUAACCUGUUGACAACCUCCUGGGACACAGGUCUUGCAGCACCUCUCGCAAUGUUCGGUUCCAUGGCCCUCAUACAGCUCCCUCAUCUGCAGCUCUUCAAGGAUUGCGACACUCUUACCUACUGUCAUGCAGAGCAGGUGCAGAACAUGCUCUACCAAGAACACGGCAUAGAGGUGCCGAUCAAGGCAAUCCAAAAUCGUCUGUAUGUUAGGAUAUCUGCCCACAUCUACAACAGUCUGGAGGAGUAUGAGAAACUGGCUGCUGCUGUCUUGCAAUUAUCGGACAUCGCUGCGAGCUGAUUUGUCAUUUCUACUUGUCUUCCAGCUCUAGUGGAUUUUCUUUGUCUUGAUUGGCAAUGGAAACUGGUGACCUCUAUGGAAAUACUGUCACGUGUUGUCUCGUAUUCACCUCUGUUUGAUUAGCUCACAUCCCGAGUUGAAUGAUUUUGAUUGUUUGGUUUGGCGACAUUCUUUACUUUAUUUCCUUUGAUGAAUGGUUAACAGGUUGUUUAUCUUGAGAUGUUUACAUAUCUUUACUUGAGUAAAUUAAUCCUUUCACAGUUGACCGCUUGUAGGUGCAGCACUUUACCUCUUCAGGCAAUACAUUAAUGCUGAAAGGGCUCGCCUAUAAAAGGAUUAAUUUACUCCAAGUUUUUAUUUUUAUCUGUAUACUGCCUGAGAGUUGAAUUUUAAAACCAUUAAAUGAACUUGUUUAUGAAGGAAGAAAUUAAAUACGGUAUUGAGAUCGUCAUUUAGCAAAACCAUCUAUCUUUUUCAAAGAGAAAUUUAACAGCUUAGCCAAAGUCUGUUAAAUUCCGGAAAUAUGAUUUUGAGGUUUUGAGUUUGAGCAGCAUUUAAAAAAUGUGUAUAAGAUUAGCAUAUUAUUUCUUUGGUGGGGAGGGGGGAAUAAAAAGCCUAGUCAUUUCAGCUGCUGCAAUUCACUGUGCAGAGUUGCCUCCCUUAGGCAUGCCAGAAACCUGUGAUCUUGGGUUUGUAUCCCAGAUCUGCCUUGAUUGUUUCUAAGUAUUUCAGUAUGGUCAUGAGAAAGUGGUAAACAUCAAAGACUGGAUCACUUCAGGUUUUCCUUCCACAUGAAGCUGACAACCCCAAGAGAAAACUGGAGUACUGUUAAAAGCAACGUUAAACCAAAUUCACUCACUCCCUCACUGCUACCUUUUUUUAGAUAGGUCAGGUUUUAGCUGUACAACAACACAAAUAGUUGACUGGGCUUCCUUGCUGAUUAAACAUAAGAUGACAUUUAUUAUCUAGUGAGACUAUUGCUGUGAGGAAUGUUCUCGAUAACGUCCACUCAUUCUUUAAAGAAGAGGCGAUGAUAAGGUUUAUAAACUGUGACAGGUCACACUCAAGAUGCACGACUACGUAGAUAUUUGGACUGCAGGCACACCUGCACUGAUUUACUCUACUGUCCUCGCCAUGCAGGACUCGGUGGGCCACGCUCUUUUUAUCCCCCGCUGCGAAGUCGGGCAGAGGAUACAGGAAUGGAGUUUGCCAGUCCGCUUCUCAAAGGGGACAAUUUUUUCUCAAAAAAGAGUCAAGAGAAAUGAAAUUUUACUAACUGAUGUUACUAAUCAUGAUCUUAAAAGAGUUCGAAAUCUGUUGUUGUAACUUAUUUUAUUUUUAGGGGG